AUGCCGACUACCAUUAUUCUUGGUUCCCAAUGGGGUGACGAGGGCAAGGGCAAGCUCAGCGAUAUCCUUUGCCAGAAGGCCCAGAUCUGCGCCCGCGCUGCUGGAGGUCACAAUGCUGGUCAUUCAGUUGUUGCCAAUGGCGUUUCGUACGACUUCCACCUGCUCCCAUCAGGCUUGAUCAACCCCAACUGCGAGAACCUCAUCGGCUCCGGCGUCGUAGUCAACGUCGAGGCUUUCUUCAAGGAGCUCAAUGCGCUCGAGGAGAAGGGUCUGAAGCACGUCCGCGAGAAGAUCCUCAUCAGCGACCGCGCCCAUGUCAACCUCACACUCCACGCCGCCGUCGACAGGGCGGAGGAGGCUCAAUUAGAAGGAAACAAGAAGAUUGGCACCACCGGCCGCGGCAUCGGCCCAUCAUACGCCACCAAGGCCAGCCGGAAGGGUAUCAGGGUUCACGAGAUCUUCAAGGAGGCCGUUUUUGAGAAGAAGCUGCGCACUCUGGCCGAGGGGUAUAAGAAGCAGUUUGGCGAGCUUUUCGAGUACGACGUUGAGGAGGAGAUUGCCCGCUUCCGCGAGUACAGGAAACUGCUUCCCAACUUCGUCUGCGACGGCCCCAACUUCAUCGAUCAGGCCCAGAAGAGCGGACGGGACCUCUUGAUUGAGGGUGCCAAUGCCCUGAUGUUGGAUAUUGACUAUGGCACCUACCCCUACGUCACCAGCAGCAAUACUGGUUUCGGUGGUGCCGUUACUGGUCUUGCGCUCGACUACAAGCAGAUCAAGGAGGUUAUUGGUGUCGUAAAAGCUUACACCACCAGAGUUGGUGGUGGUCCCUUCAAGACCGAAGAUCUCGGUGAUGCCGGCACCAAGCUCCAGGAGAUUGGCCGUGAAUGGGGUGUUUCUACUGGCAGGAGACGUAGGUGCGGCUGGCUCGACCUUGUCGUGCUGAAGUACUCUCAGCUCAUCAACAACUACACAUCGUGGAACUUGACCAAGCUCGACAUCUUGGACACAUUCCCUACCAUCAAGGUUGCUGUCGCCUACAAGGACAAGGAGACUGGCGAGGUCAUCGAGCACUUCCCCGCCGACCUCGACUACCUUGACACUCUCGAGGUUGUCUACAAGGAGUUUGAGGGCUGGCAAACACCCAUCACCUCGGUCAAGACCUUUGACGCCCUUCCCGCGCAAGCACAGGCGUACGUCAAGUUCAUUGAGGAGUUCACUGGUAUCCCCGUGAAGUGGAUCGGUACUGGCCCUGCGCGCGACGACAUGAUUUAUCUUUAA